CACCCUUUCUCCCCCCAAAUCGCCCGGCACCUCGAAUCCCCAUCGCCCAGAAACCCUAACCCCAGCCCCCAGCCCCAGCUCCGAUGGCGAGGCCGGCGAGGCGCCGCGUCGUGGAGGAGGAGGAGUCCUCCUCCUCCGGCGAGGAGCAGCAGGACCAGUCCGGAUCCGGCGAGGAGGCGGGAGGGGGCGAGGCGGAGGAGGAGGUCGACGAGGAGGAGAUCGAGGCCGUCACCACCGGCGCGGGCGCGGACGAGGAGGAGGAGGAGGACGGCGGGGAGGAGGAUGAGGAGGAGCCGGAGUCCGACGAGGACGACGAGGCCGAAGACCCUGCUGGAAUUCCAGAGGUAGGGAAGCAGGAACGAGCCAGGCUCAAACAACUUCAGAAACUGAAGAAGCAGAAGAUCCAAGAGAUAUUACAGACCCAGAAUGCUGCCAUCAAUGCUGACAUGAACAAGAAAGGGAAAGGGCGAUUGAAGUACCUACUGCAGCAGACAGAAAUAUUUGCCCACUUUGCAGAAGGAAGCCAGACUAAAGAGAAGAAGCCACGUGGAAGGGGACGCCCUGCAUCAAAGAGGAGGGCAGUAGAGGAGGACGAUGAAGAGUACCUCCAAGAGGAGGAAGAUGCACUUGCUAGUUCAGUCGGAACACACUUGCUUGUGCAGCCAUCAUGCAUAAAUGGACAAAUGCGAGAUUACCAACUAGCUGGGCUUAAUUGGCUCAUACGGCUGUAUGAAAACGGCAUUAAUGGAAUAUUGGCUGAUGAGAUGGGUCUUGGGAAAACUCUUCAAACUAUUUCACUGAUGGGCUAUCUGCAUGAAUUCAGAGGAAUAACUGGUCCUCACAUGGUUGUUGCGCCAAAGUCUACUCUUGGUAACUGGAUGAACGAAAUUGCUCGUUUUUGUCCCCUUUUGCGUGCUGUGAAAUUCUUGGGAAAUCCAGAAGAGAGGAAUCAUAUAAGGGAGAAAUUGCUACAGCCAGGAAAAUUCGAUGUGUGUGUGACCAGUUUUGAAAUGGCAAUCAAAGAAAAAAAUGCAUUGAAGCGUUUCAGCUGGCGCUACAUUAUUAUUGAUGAAGCUCAUCGGAUAAAAAAUGAGAACUCUCUUCUGUCUAAGACGAUGAGGCUUUUUAGCACUAACUAUCGUCUACUCAUCACAGGCACUCCACUCCAGAACAAUCUCCAUGAGCUUUGGUCUCUACUCAAUUUCUUGCUGCCUGAGAUAUUUAGUUCUGCAGACACCUUUGAUGAGUGGUUCCAAAUUACUGGUGAAAAUGAUCAACAGGAGGUUGUUCAGCAGCUUCAUAAGGUUCUUCGCCCAUUUCUUCUCCGGAGGCUUAAAUCUGAUGUCGAAAAGGGUUUACCUCCAAAGAAAGAAAUUAUCCUUAAAGUUGGGAUGUCUCAGAUGCAAAAGCAGUACUAUCGAGGUCUGCUUCAGAAAGAUUUGGAGGUUAUUAAUGCUGGUGGCGAACGUAAAAGAUUGCUUAACAUAGCCAUGCAGUUACGAAAGUGCUGCAACCAUCCAUAUUUAUUCCAAGGGGCAGAACCGGGCCCACCUUACACAACUGGUGACCAUCUCAUUGAGACUGCAGGGAAAAUGGUGCUCUUAGAUAAAUUGCUGCCCAAAUUAAAGGACCGCGACUCCAGAGUGCUUAUUUUCUCACAGAUGACCAGGCUUUUGGAUAUCUUGGAAGAUUAUCUUAUAUACAGAGGGUAUCAGUUUUGCCGAAUAGAUGGAAGUACAGGUGGACAAGAUCGUGAUGCAUCCAUUGAUGCAUUUAACAAACCAGGAAGUGAGAAGUUUGUUUUCUUGCUUUCAACCAGGGCUGGUGGACUUGGUAUCAACCUUGCCACUGCUGAUGUUGUGAUUCUUUAUGAUAGUGAUUGGAAUCCACAAGCUGAUCUUCAAGCUCAAGACCGUGCGCAUAGGAUAGGUCAAAAGAAAGAAGUUCAAGUUUUCCGAUUUUGCACCGAGUAUACCAUUGAGGAAAAAGUGAUUGAGAGAGCAUACAAGAAGCUCGCAUUGGAUGCUUUGGUUAUUCAACAAGGACGAUUGUCAGGGCAGAAAACUGUCAAUAAGGAUGACUUAUUGCAAAUGGUUAGAUAUGGUGCGGAAAUGGUGUUCAGUUCCAAGGAUAGCACAAUAACAGAUGAGGAUGUUGACAGAAUUAUAGCUAAAGGAGAAGAGACAAAAGCAGCGCUGGAUGCAAAGAUGAAAAAAUUCACAGAGGAUGCCAUUAAGUUUAAAAUGGAUGACACUGCUGAAUUGUAUGAUUUUGAUGGUGAUAAGGAGGAAAACGAGGCUGAUUUUAAGAAAAUUGUUGCUGAGAAUUUGGUGGUCGAGCUACCUAGGAGAGAAAGGAUAAGGAAUUACAAUGAGUCUGAAUACUUCAAGCAAGCACUUCGCCAAGCAGCACCAGCUAAACCCAAGGAACUACGGAUUCCAAAAAUGCCAACUUUGCAUGAUUUCCAGUUCUUCAACAGUCAAAGGCUAAAUGAGUUGUAUGAAAAGGAAGUCCGACACCUUGUGCAAACCAACCAGAAGAAAGAUACCAUUGACGGUGAAGAUGAAGAUCAGGUGGAGCCUUUUACUGCAGAGGAGCUGGAGGAGAAGCAGCGGUUAUUGGAAGCGGGUUUUGCAACAUGGACUAAGAGAGACUUCAACACAUUUAUUCGUGCAUGUGAGAAAUAUGGUCGCAAUGACAUAAAGGGUAUAUCCUCUGAAAUGGAAGGGAAAACAGAAGAAGAGGUUCAACGAUAUGCUGAAGUUUUCAAGGAGAGAUACACGGAACUGAGUGAUCAUGAGAGAAUUAUCAAAAACAUCGAAAGGGGGGAGGCAAGGAUAACUCGCAAGGAUGAGAUUAUGACAGCAAUUGGGAAAAAGUUGGACCGCUAUAAGAACCCAUGGUUAGAGCUGAAAGUUCAGUAUGGCACAAACAAAGGGAAGUUCUAUAACGAGGAAUGUGACCGUUUUAUGCUAUGCAUGGCGCACAAGCUUGGUUACGGGAAGUGGGAUGAACUUAGAUCUGCCUUCCGCAAGUCACCCUUGUUCCGAUUCGAUUGGUUUGUGAAGGCGAGAAGUGCACAAGAGCUGGCUAGGCGGUGCGACACGCUUGUCCGCCUAGUUGAGAAAGAGAACCAAGAAUACGAUGAGCGAGAGAGGCAGGCACGGAAAGAGAAAAGGCUUGCUAAGAAGAUGACACCAACAAAGCAGAAGAUGACGCCAACAAAGCAGAAGACGACGCCAACAAAGCAAGCUGCAUCAAGGGUUUCAGACGGCGAGACGGCUCCAGCGAAUCCAUCCAAGAAGAAUAAGACACCAACAAAGCAGAAAAUGACACCUACAAAGCGAGCUGGUGAGACGGCUCCAGCGACCUCAUCCAAGAAGCGGCGGCAGUCCCUUAUGGAUGAUUUCCUGGGCUCGGGAAAGAAGGGGAAGGCGUAAGCGCGGGUGAUCCGAUGUUGCCUUGUCAGGAGAUGUUUUGGGCUCGGCUUCUUCCAGCGCUUGAAGCCUCCUAUCUUAGUGUAAUAUAUAUGCUCAACGGAUCUUUGGUUAGGUUAAUCACUGUCCAAGUAAGUUUAAUGCACGUGUGGUGGCGCCACCUGCGGUGAGUGCAUCAGGAUCGGUUUGAACAUUGAAUGUUGGCCGGGCCUUUUGGUGUUUGCGCAUGAAGAUGGUAUGCAAACGACUACAAAAAUGGUUUUAGAAACGACGUGCAUUGAAUUUCAAUUUGCUCCA